AUGGCCGUUCCUCAGAUAAGCAGACCAAAUCCGGUAACACAGAAGCUGCGGUCUAGGCGCGCUUCGCAGCAGCUGUCGAGGAGCGCCGAGAGCAUCGAUCAGGCCUACAAGAGGUCGAAGAGUCGGUCCGUGGACCAUGGCUUCGCGGCGCCUUUCGACCUGGAGGCACUGCGCUCCAAGGUCGAGGGCAGGUUCGACGCUGUUCAUAGAGAUGAAGACGAGCAAGUCAAAAGGCUGGCUCCCCAACCCCCCAUAAAGACAAUGACAUAUACGGUCCGCGACCGGGACACGCUGACGUCGGUGGCGGCCCGCUUCGACACCACGCCCUCGGAGCUCACCAAGCUGAACCGGCUCGCCACGCAGUUCAUCUUCCCCGGGCAUCUCACCAAGCUGAACCGGCUCGCCACGCAGUUCAUCUUCCCCGGGCAGUCGCUGCUGGUGCCCGACAAGAGGAAAGAUGGCGAUAAAGAGUCGGACGGGCCCUCUGAGAGCGGCGACAACACGUCCGAGUCCACUCAAGGAGCGCCCAGCGAACCCGCACAGGAAAAAGAAAUUCUUGAUAGUCUGCGACCGGUGUCGCCCGAGGCUCCGGCUAGCAGUAAUGCCCCUCAGCGUUUCCUCAAGAUCAACGUGCGCCACAUCACCGAUGGGCAGGGCGUCGUGUCGGGCGUGCUGCUGGUCACACCGAACGCCGUGAUGUUCGACCCGAACGUGUCCGACACUCUGGUGAUGGAGCACGGCCCGGAGUCGUACGGUGUGAUAGCGCCCAUGGAGUACGUCGUAAACACGGCAAUAUUCUACGAUAUCGCGCACAUGCGCACCCACGGGCCGGACCAUAACGCGCACAAAGCGGAGCAAGCGGAGAUUUACUACAUGAAUAAAUCGGAGCACUCGCCCGGCAAGGACUCCCUUCUAGUCAAAGACGAAACGUUCCCGGAGCUGCAGGCGGCGGGGGGCGAGGCGGAGGAGGGGGCGGCGGGCGAGGAGAGGCCCGGCUCAGGCGAGACAGAGGACAGGGGCGGCGCAGCGUUCCCCAAGGCAUUCGAGCGGGAGCUGGUCACUCCAACCGCACUGCAGCAACAGACAACUGAGGAGAGGCGGAAAUCAUUGCUGGACCAUCACUGGGCGAUUCCAAGCAAGGACCGAAUGUCGAUCGAUCAAGGCAGCGAAGUUUCCUCUAACGCUGACCAGGGGAAGGAGGAGAGCCUGGAGGCGUGCGCCGGCUCGAGCGAUCGCGCCGAGAGCGCGGCGGGGGACGCGGCCGAGGGGGAGGGGGUCGAGAGGGGGGAGGGCGGCGACGGGCCCGAGGGGGGGGAGGAGGAGGCGCCCCGCGACGCGGCGAGGCACCUCGUCAAGCUCUCCUACCACGACUCGGGCAUUGACAUACGCGACCCGCUGCUGCACGUCACGCCCGUCAACUCGAAGAAGGUCUACAGCGACGCUGACAUAGUACUAUCGGCGGAUUGGGUCCCCCCAGUGUGCUUGCCCCGCGCCGAACCCCCACUCUCGGCCCCGCCCCUUGGAGAGAACGAGAGGACUCCGCGAAAACCGGCCGCCGUCUCUUUCUCGCUCGACGGGAACAACCAAAAAGAGGAUAUUGGGAAACCGGACAAGAAAAAUAAGAUGCUGAAGAGGCUUUCCUAUCCUCUAUCCUGGGUGGAGGGACUAACUGGCGAAGGGCCCGCUGUGACCACCCAGGGAUCUCAGGGCGACUCGCUGCCAACCUCAGCGGACAGCCACAACACCAGCGUCUUCUCCAAAGUCUUCAACAGACGCAGCUCUUUGGGAGGCUUUGGCCGCUCCCACACUAAGUCUACUUCGUCAAGCGGCUCGACACAACCUAGGCUGGAUUAUCGCAGCAUGGUCUCGGUAGACGAUAUGCCAGAUCUCUUCGCAUCAUUCGAUAAGCUGAUUCCACGCCCGGCGCGUCCCAGCGACGACCCGCCCCUGUACUUGCGUCUGCGCAUGGGCAAACCCGCCGGACGCCCACUCCCUCGCUCCACCCAGCUCAUGUCCUACGGACGCAAGCGCAUGAAGCCCGAAUACUGGUUCGGCAUCCCCAGGAACAGGGUCGAUGAUCUGUACAAGUUCCUGACCCACUGGGUUCCCAGCCGUUAUGGACCCCUCGGUGACGUCACCGCUCAAGGCUACGAGCUCAUCGACAGUGACACCGAGUGGGAUGACGAAGACACAAAACCAGGCGUUAAGGGCGAACGCGCCGGCAGCUCGGGCGACGUUUCAGACAUCACGCGGGAGUCGUGGGAGCUGCUGAAGGCGCCGUACGUGAAAAUAUAUUCGAUAAUGAAGAGCCAGGCGGAGGCACUGGGCGACUCGCUCGGCGAGGAGCCACGCCCGGAGGUACCGUGCGCGUGCGUGCGUGCGUGCAUGUGCGCGCGUGCGCUAGUGCGUCGCGGACGCAUUUGCCUACCUCGGAUC